CAAGCCGGAACUGACAAUCAGUCAGACAGGUUCAUCCGGGCUGCACACACCAUUCCUGGUUUGUGCUCUGUGUUGACCGCGCAAGAAAUAAGGCAUGUCUUGGAAAACAGAAGAAGACAACGAGGUGCUGCUGGCGGAUAUCAACUUUAUCCUGGAGAGGUGCAACGAGGUGUACAAUCUGCUGCCCAGGGCCAAGUCGCACAAGGCUCACUUCCAGGAGGUCUACGAACAUGUGCGUGUUUUGGAGGAGAUGGCGCUGAGCGUCAAGCAGCGGCCCGAGAGCGCCUCGCCUGACGUCAGGAUCGCCCUGGUGGACGCGGCACGCUCUCUUGCAACUGCCGCCGACUUCAUGGGCAAAGUUUCCCGAGCCAGCGCCGUGGUCGGCUUCCUCAAGUCGGGCUCCAACGAGUCCAAGUUCCAGGAAGUCAGCCGGAGGCUCGGCGAGAAUGUGCGGCAGCUGUCCGAGGCGCUGCACAUCGGCCGCGGCGGCAGCCAGAAGGCCGUCGAUGCCGAGUACGUGCCGGCCGCACGCGGCAAGGGUGCGGAUGGCGGGUGGGCCGAGAUGCCUUUGGCCGUGCCGCACGUCCCCACGUCGUUGCCUCCCGCUGUGCCCUUCUUCCACAAUGCCAUGGCAUACUAUCCCCCUGUGAUUGCCCAACCAGCCGUGCUCUACCAGCCCCCCACCCUACUGGCAACCUCCACCACCAUCAGCUACAACCGUGCCCCCUCUGCCUCCGCCCUCAACCUGGCCCAGCAAUACGCAGCCGUGCCAACGCCGCCGUGGGCAUGCAGCCAUGUGCCAAAUAGUUCGUUACCAACGCUUAUUAAUUUCAAUAUGUCCCGCACCACCUUUAAUGUGCUGCGUUGAGGUGCAGGGAGGACCAGGAUUCUUAGAAAGGUUUCCAAGGACCUGAUCAUCAUCGAAUUUAUUGUAUCGCCAAGCUAUUUGGCGGCGCACACUCGAGUCGCACGCUGGGUUGUCGCGUCAUCCAAGACCGUGUCACCUUUCCCCCACGCUCCCUUUCAUCAUGGCAUUUUUCAAGUUUUUUUUUUUUUUUUUUAACUAAGUUUUUGCGCAUCUUUUCAAUGGACCAGACAGCUGGCGUUUCUUUGCAAAGGUGCUCUCCAUUUGUUGACGCAGACGUUCAAGUUGUUCGCAGGACUGUUAGGUCAAAAAUACUUUUUGUGUGCUUGUUAUGAUGAAUUUUGUGGACACAACGUAGUAUUUCAAGGCCACAAACUAGAUGCUGUUUUGUUUUUGGACGCACAUACGUUUUCUCAACGCAAUUUAAAAAAGCAUAUAAUGUCUGUGGUAUAAAUUAAGAUUUAUUUUUAUUAGGUUUUUUUUUUGAGAAAUAAA